ACACACUGUGUGUUGUUCGUUGGCACGGGGUGAGACACACUGUGUGUUGUUCGUUGCCACGGGGUGGGACACGCUGUGUGGUGUUCGUUGGCACGGGGUGAGACACACUGUGUGGUGUUCGUUGCCACGGGGUGAGACACACUGUGUGGUGUUCGUUGCCACGGGGUGGGACAUGCUGUGUGGUGUUCGUUGCCACGGGGUGAGACACACUGUGUGGUGUUCGUUGCCACGGGGUGAGACACACUGUGUGGUGUUC